AUGAGUGAAGAGUGGCGGUGCAAAAAAUUCGAAAGGGGCUUGCGUCACAAUCUGAUGAAGGUGAUAGUGCUUGUGAGGAUCAGAGAGUUUCCACUUUUAAUGGAGCAGGCAAAGAUGAUAGAGCAGUUGGAAGUAGACCCGCAUCGAGUUAUGAGGUCACACCAUGGUAUUAACAGUGGAGGUAGACAACAUAAGAAACCUUAUUCUAGACCUGAGCGUGGUGGACAGGGACCGAUGAAGUGUUAUGAAUGUGGAGGAGCUCAUCUCUGGCGUAAUUCUCCUAAAUUCCAUGGGGCAAAGCCAAACAAGAGGAAGUGUUACAAUUGCCAAAAGCCAGCUCACUUUGCGAACUCUUGUCUUGAGAAGAAGUUUGGAGAGCCUCAACAGCAGCAAAAGUCUUCCAGAGAAAAGACAAAGGCAAUAGGAAGGGUGUUCGCCAUGUCCGGAUCAGAGGCAAAUAAAUCAGGUAUAUUAAUUCAGGAUACAUGUUUGUUGUUUGGUGAAUGUGUAAAUGUUCUGUUUGAUUCGGGUGCAUCGCAUUCGUUUGUAUCCUUGGUGUGUUCGGAGAAGCUUGGGUUACCAGUCCGUGAUCUCAGAUGUGAGUUAGUAGUUUCUACGCCAGCAUCAGGACAAGUCUCAACCAGUUUAGUUUGUGUUUUGUGUCCGAUGGAAGUAGCUGGAUGCAAGUUCAAGGUUAACUUGGUACGCUUGCUGCUAGAAGCGUUGGACGUGAUUUUAGGGAUGCAUUGGUUGACGACCAAUGAUGUCAUCAUAGAUUGUGGAAAGCAGAAGGUGGUUGUUCUGGACAUAAAAGAUGGGCAUAUUGUAAAAUCACGGGCAGUCAUACAAGAGAUCAGAGAAAAAGUUGAAUGCUACGUAGUAUGGUUUGAAGAAGAAAAAUAG